UUAAGUAAGGCAGAGAUAUGUGUUUAAAUGCAGGAUUUAUCUCGCUUCACACAGAUAAGUCGAGGAUUGGUGUCUAUCGUUUUAAGAUGAACCUGAGGAUAAAGUCCAACUCUAACUGGGCACAGGCACGGCAAUACAGUGAACUUUCAGUCUGAACUCAGCUGUUGGCUUUGUGUUCUGCUGCUUUUCAUAUGCUCAGAGGAGACAAAUACAGGGUGGGAGAGGAUUUCUGCAUUGUGUUUGGAGACUUAACAAGAAAGUGAAAGAUGAAGUGUUUGAGAUGUCUGUUGCCAACAGCAGCUUUGCUGCUGCUUAAUGUGACCGGACUUGUCAUGGAGCAUCUUCAAGCUGAAAACCUCAAUCUCCUUUCCCCUGAUGAGCACAAAUUGGUCCUGAACCGUGGAAUGAGAGUGCUGCCCAGAGACUGCUAUGAAAUGCUGAUGGCCUCUUCAGGCCAGGCCAGAGACGGCGUGUACCUGAUCCAACCAGGGGGCUCCCCCAUUGUGGCCUACUGUGCCAUGCAGGAGGGAGGCUGGACUGUGGUGCAGCAUAUUACUGUCAAUAGCAGUGUGAACUUUGACCGCACUUGGGCUGAAUAUAAGAAAGGCUUUGGGUCUAUCACUGGAGAUCAUUGGCUUGGGAAUGAAUAUCUUCAUCUGCUCACCCGUGGCCCUGCACGCUAUAAACUCGGAGUAAAACUCGUGGACCGAGAUGCCAUCACCAAGAUGGGAGAGUAUGAUCCAUUCCUGGUGGAGGAUGAAUCAUCAGCAUAUAGACUGAGGCUGGGGUUGUUUGAGGGCACAGCCAUAGACGCUAUGACCUUGGACACAGAGAACUAUCUGCACGACAAUCAGAAAUUCACCACUAAAGACAGAGACAAUGAUAACUACUUCCAAAACUGUGCCAAACUGGAGUUUCAAGGGGUGCCAGGAGGAGGUUGGUGGUACGAUGCCUGCGCCGGUGCCAAUCUAAAUCGCAGGAACGUCAUCUACUGGCAGAAAGACUGCAACAAGGAGCGGCUAUGCAAGUAUGCAUGGAUGAUGGUGAGACCGUCUGACACAGUCAAAGUGAUUCAGAGUGGAAACUGCAAGAAGGAUGAGCUAUGAGGACUUUUUCUCAUGAUUUAUGUCAGAUUUUAGUCUUAGUUUCAUCAAAAACUACAAUGGAUGAUAUCAGUAAUUUUCCUGUAAUAACUAUUGGACCGUCCAUUGACCACAUUUUAUUCAGAAAUGCAUGGACAUGAUCACAAAAUACUGGAAAGAAACAAAAAAUUAUCACAAACUCGAAACACAUUAAAAAGUCGCAGUACAGCUUUAGCUCUAGCUUUGUUUCCAUCAUACACCAAGUCACUAUAUACUGCUCAAAAAUUUAAAGGAACACUUUUUAAUCAGAGCACAGCAUCAUUCAAACUUCAUUAAAUCUCUGGGAUAUCGAUCUGUGCAGUUAAGUAGCAGAGGGGGCUGUUAAUCCAAGGAGGGGCACAGACCUCUACAGGCUAGGCAACGGCACCCUGACUGCCAUUAGGCAUCAGGAUGAAAUCCUUGGACCCACUCUCAGACCCUACG